CGCCUACACUGCUCGUCAUCGAGAUCAGAGACACGCUGAAGAGGGCGGGGUCUCAGACGACGACGUCUGCAGAAGGCGACGCACCACUACUACUUGUCCACUGGCAACAGCAAACCGGUGAUGGAGCCAUGUGCGGGUAGUGCUAGUGGGGAGCUGUUGAACGAGCUAAAGCCGAAGAAACUCGGGUUUGGAGCGUUGGCACUGAGUUAUGCUGGGCUCUUCCGAUAUCCGCGAUUCAGCUACCGAGCUUACAUUCUGGUGCUCACUUUCGUGGUAUAUGCUGCGUAUCAUAUGUCCCGAAAACCGUUCAGCGUCGUUGCAAAUGUCCUUGCACCAGAUUGUCAUGGAGGAGGUACUGAUGAUAAUAGCUCCUACGCUACCAAUGUUUCCAACCUCUCCGAUCUCUCUUCGGCCUCUGGUGGCUGGCCCCCGUUCAAUGGUCCUCACUGCAAGACCCUGAUUGGAGCUGUGGACUAUUCAUGGCUCUUCACUUAUGCAGUUUUCCUCUUUAUCAGUGGCCUUAUUGCUGACAGAGUCAACGUGAGAUACUUUUUAACUGCCGGAAUGAUUGGGAGUGGUGUUUUUGUUGGACUACUUGGUGUGGCAUACUAUGGCAAAAUUCACAACAUCACCUAUUUCAUUUUGGUGCAGAUAGGGGUUGGUGUUUUUGAGUCCACAGGAUGGCCAGGAGUGGUUGCAGUGAUGGGAAACUGGUUUGGUAAAAAGAGGAGAGGACUACUACUGGGAGUCUGGAAUUCCCAUACAUCAGUUGGAAACAUUCUCGGCACUGUAGUACCUGCAAUAUGGGCUGUUCCUGGCAGACCAUGGUCCUGGUCAUUUCUUGUACCAGCAUUUGUAAUGAUCGUUGUAGGAGUUUUGGUUUUCUUCUUUCUCAUUACUGAUCCAGCACAUGUAGGCCUUCCACCACCUGUUCACCAUAAG